AUGGGAUGUUGCGGUCAUAGACGGAAGACCGUCAGCGGCGGCGCCGAUCAAAACUGGUCUUAUAUUAACCUCUGUGAUUUCAGGUCCAGCAACUGCUUCACCCCCUUUGCUUAUGGAUAUCUCUGGUUCUCUCUCUUGAUCUCCCUCGCCGUCUACGGUGUCGAUACCUUUACUGCAGUGUCUCUCCUCAUUCUCGGCGACGAAUGGGUUUCCAAAAUCCAACCUGCGGUCGACCCUUCCAUCUCGAAAUGGAUUUUUUCGGCCUGUAUCAUUGCAUCGUUUGUCAACCUCGGCUUCGAGCACGUUCGGGCUUAUAGGGUUAUGAAGAGGGGCAAUGUAGCUGAAUGCUACCUCGACAGUUUGGCGGUCCGCCUGGAGAGUAUUCGUCUUGGAAAGGGCCAGGGAUGGAGGAGGUUUCUCGUUUUCGCCGCUCUAACUAAGAGCAAGAAGGGUGCCGAAUAUAUCGCUCUCUUCACCUACUUCAGCUUCCAAUCUUGGAUCCGAGUGCUUGUUUGCUCUGGCCCUCGACAAGUCAUCAACGCCCUGACCCUGUACUCCGUGUACCGUGCUUAUUUUGAAGAAACUGUCAAGGCUGGCGACACUAUCGACAAGUCUCUGUCCGAUUUUUUCGAGAGAUUUGCCGUCGACUAUCAGCAGGCUUUGAUCUUGGGUGGUAUGACUUUCACUCUUGUCAUCUGGAUCUUCUCGCUGCUCUUCCUAAUCGCCGCUAUUUUGUUCUACAUUUUGUUCCUCUGGCACUGGAUCCCCCAGGCCGAUGGCGGUCUCGGCGGCUACUGUGAACGCAAGGUCAACAAGGCUCUCGUCAAGAUUGUAACCAAGAAGGUCAACAAGGCCCUCGCUAAGGAGCAGACGGCACGCCAGAAGGCAGAGUAUAAGAUGGCGAUGAAGCUGGGUGAGAAGGCUCCCUUGGGGCGGCAGGCAACACUACCCACGCUUCCUGACGUCGGUGGCCCCGGAGGAGACAAGUUGCCCGAGAUGCCAACUCUGCAGAGAAGCGAAACAUUCUCGACGUUGCCAGCUUAUGCCUCGAGGCCUGGUACUGCUGGAAGCUUUGAGCUAAAUAAUAUGGACCAGAAGCGACCGUUGCCCAAUCGCUCAGGAACCAUGUCAUCAUCGACAACAUACUCUUCGCGGGCUCCCCUUGUCGCCAGCGCAUCUGAAAUGGGCACCUCCAGCCCGCGGUCUCCCGCCCCCACCAUUCCUUCCAUUGACUUCAACAACAGCUACGGUCCUCCCCCGCUCAGACCGAACACAUCAAACUCCCAGAGGAGCUUCUCCCGACCGAACCCAGGCCACAUGCCUAAUGGCUCAAACUCUUCGUUUGGUCACCAACCCUACGAUUCGCAGUCCUCGAUUCCCGCGCGAUAUACUGAGACCCCUGCGAACUACUCCGAAGCCGUACCUCCCUUCCCUCCCCCAUCUCGCUCGCCUACUGCCCGGACUAUGGAUAAUUAUAAUGGCCGACCUCCGAUGCCGCAAGGCAGCAACGGCUACCCCGUGCGAUCUCCCACAGCCGGGCCGAAUGCGGACCGGUUCUCACCCAUGGACGGUCGCGCCAGCCCCGCACCGUCGACAUACUCGAGCCGGAAUGGCCCCGGGCUUCCAGCGAACCCAACACCAAGGCCCCUGAACCCAUCAGGCGUCCAGGCUUACCAACCAACUCGGAGUGCCACGGGCCCUCUCCCAGCCCGAACACCCCAACAGCCUCCCACUCGAAAUAUGACGACGGGUGACUACUAUUCUCGACGGCAACCCUCUCAGGGGUCCGCGUACGGCUACGACUACGAUGUCGAGUCUCAGAGGGGUGGGCGCUACUAA